GACGAGGCCGCGAAGUUGCCUCUAGGCACAUCGCUCGCAACCUGGCCUUAGAUCUUGGUGUUUCCCCUGCGCCCGGAAUCCGGCGUCAUUCAGACAUCGCUCGGAAAGAUGGUGGUGAGGAUUCUAGUCAAGACAUUCAAUUGUUUAAGGGAUGUUGUCCAGGUGUCCUAACGAUUAAGAUCUCGGCAACUGGGUAGACUCCACUUUGCGAAUCCAACCCAUCAAUAGGUGGUUUCCAUCGCUCGAGAGUCAUCCACAAUCCGUGCCCGAGGGUAGAUCUUGAAGCUGCGGUUUGGGAAAGCUGAGAAGAUGAUAGGACUCGGGCAUCUUCGCUGGUGGUCUAAGGAAGCCCUCGCUCUGAUCAGUCUGCUCGUCUCGGCGGGAUCCCCGCUCUCGACCGACUCAUUUGACGUGCGAGAGGCCACCAUUGACGGAGUUCACGAUGUGCUCUUCACAGGACUCCAUUCGUGCCGCGAGAUAGUCUCCUCGUUUAUUUCUAGGGUUGAGGAGUUCAAUCCCACAGUGAAUGCUGUCAUCAGCUUAAAUCCCGACGCGCUCUCGAUCGCAGACCAGAUGGAUGCUCAGAUAGCCUCGGGCAAUGCCACCGGCUCCUUGUUUUGCAUCCCAACCUUGCUGAAAGACAAUUUCGAUGCCAUUGGAAUGAACACGACUGGAGGAUGCCUAGGUCUGGCUGGCAAUCGGCCGACUACCGAUGCUCGAGUGGUAGAAGCUCUCAAGAAAGAGGGAGCCAUCAUCCUGGGGAAGGCUAACCUUCAUGAAUUCGCCCUCGAGGGCUUGACGGUGUCAUCUCUUGGAGGACAGACGGUUAACCCAUAUGACCUCACUCGAACCCCGGGAGGCAGCAGUGGCGGGACCGGGGCAGCAAUCGCGGCCAACUUCGCCAUCCUCGGGACGGGGACAGACACUGUCAAUAGCCUGCGCAGCCCGGCCAGUGCCAACUCCCUCUUCAGCUUUCGCCCGACAAGGGGUCUAAUCACGAGGGCAGGAGUCAUUCCAGUCAGCUACACCCAGGACACCGUUGGCUGCAUGGCUCGAAAUCUCAAGGAUCUGGCCGUUGCCCUCAACGUCAUGGCGAGUGCCGGCCUCGAUCCCGCAGACAAUGCCACAACCCUGGCUCCUCCUGAGAUCAGGAUCAAAGAUUAUACGGCUGCCCUGGACGGAGGAAGCCUCAAAGGCCUUCGCCUCGGUCUUCUGAAUGGCUUUUUCAACCUCACGGCCUCGGAGGAAACAACGCCCGUUAACAACAUCCUGGCCCACAUUGUGUCGACCUUUGAAUCUGCAGGUGCAGAGGUCAUCAAUAUCACCGAGUCCAUAUACAACGCCACCGCCAUAUCUGCCGCCCUUGACGUCCAAACCUCAGAGUACCGGGAGUCCCUGAAUAGCUAUCUCUCCGAACCCAGUAUCACCAGCGACCGCCCGGCCGACUUUGCAGACCUAUACGCCAGCGGCAGGUUCCUGGUCAUCCCCGCCCAGCACAGCUACAUCAACACUGCCCUGACCUCCUCGACAAGCGACGCGGGAUACCGCCUCAAGCAGCAGGGGAUCCGAGACCUGACAUCGGCGCUGCACGCGACCUUCGCCGCCAGCCGCCUCGACGCCCUCGUCUACCCGGAGCAGAAGAACCUGGUGGUCAGGCUCGGCUCGCCGUCGCAGAGCGGGCGCAACGGCAUCCUGGCCGCCCUGACGGGGAGCCCCGUCGUGACGGUCCCGGCCGGCCUGUCGCCGCCAUCGGCGGAGGCGCCGGCCGGCGUGCCCGUAGGCCUCGAGAUCCUGGGCCUGCCGUGGACCGAGGACAGGCUGCUGAACAUCGCCAGGCACGUCAGCGAACUCGUGCCCGUGCGGAGGAUGCCGCCGUUUGCGAAUGCGAGCGUCGAGACGAGGGGCUAUGCUGCGGUCCCGGUCAUUAGGCCUGAUACUGAUGGCAUACCGGCUGCGUAUCCGGUCGGAGUGUUCUAGGCGCACACUUUGGUUUGAUCUGGGGCGCUAUCUCGGUCGCAGUCACUGAUGUGGCGAAAGAAAGAAGACGGGUAAAUUGACCCUGCGUUCAUCUCACACCAUGGAAUGCGCCUCCACAGGGGCAAUGGCAGAUAAGGCAGGAUAUCAUCUCGAUUCAAGGGGUAUAAGAACCCUCCCUAUGCCUCCGCAAAUAAUAUCGCCG